UCCUUUUAUUGCCAGUAAAGUUGUAAUUAAAAAUAGUCUCAAAAAUAGUGAAAGUUUUGCUUAAGAGAAAGAAAUGGAACGAGCUAGCAAAUGAUAUUAGAAAUAAAGUAGGCACUAAUGAAGUGAACAACAAAAUUCGAUCGCGUAAGUUUGACUGAUGUCGGAAUUUAUUGUGAUUUGAUUCUUUAGAUUUUUAGUUCUCUGCGUUUAUAGGUCUUUAUAGUUUUAUUAUUAAAUCAAUAAUUGUACAUUUAUAGUUUUGAUUUUUAGAAUAUACUAGGGCCUUGAAUUACCUGUAAACUAGCUGAUUAGCUAAGCUAAGCGUAACUCUACGUUAAAUAUGGUAUCUUAUCUUUUAUCUUUACACUCGAUGAAGUCACUCUGAUUGUUUUCAUCGGUAAUACGCCAUGAAAAUGCACCUUUUUUGCAGUUGAUGCAGUAGGUUCCUAACAAAAAAUGAGAUCUUUAUAUGUAGCUUUAGCUGGCUUCUAUUAAAUCCACGGCACUACGUCUUACUGAUAAUAAAUUAAUUUACACAGGCCAUUGAAAAUAAACAUUUAAAACUGGAGUAUUUCAUUCAUGCACACUUGAACUUGUAGAAAACUGAUUUUCCUUUCUCGCUCGUCGCGAUUGCUUAAAAUAGGCAGCUCGGAAAUUGAUCUUGAGAAAUGCAAUAUUUAGCUAAUUACAUUGAGUGUUGAGUUUUAAGCUGGUUUCACUUUUUUGGCCUUUCAUCUUCCUAUUGGAAGUUUGGGUUGAUAAACCGAAUAGUUAAGUUUAAACAUUUACCAUUUAUGGUUUGUGAAAGAAGAUUGCCAGUUAUAUUAUUGGUAGGACGCUCGACACUUUCAUCGACGUAUGGUGACAUCAGCAGCCUACGGUGCGUACCAAUAGACCUCGUUCUUAGCAGAUUUCUAUUGACUGAAAUUCAUGCCAAGUGCUAUAUUGGCCAUUAUCUUGCCAGUGCCAGUAUCCAUCGUUGGUAGUAGUCAAAUUGAGUUGCUCCUGAGAGGUACUCAUCAUCCCGCCUCUUUAUUUCUGCCAUAACAGGGUUUUUGUUCAAUAGAAGACUCGAGAAGGGACGAUUUGUUCUUCCGUCUUUUUUUUCCGGUGAGGAGGCUGUAUACGAAGGCCACAGGUUGCGUAACGUAGCAACAUCAAAGACAGACGCCAGUCAUGGCCGGGUCGGAUGACAUUGCCAUAGCAACAAUUUACUGCAUAGUAUUCAUAGUGAAUAUUGUGGGGAAUUCUCUUGUUUGUGCGAUCAUAAAGAGAAAUAGAGAUAUGAGGACUCCCAUCAACUAUCUACUAGUGAACCUGGCUAUAGGAGAUAUGAUGUACGCAACGUUUAUUGCGCCAGAAGUUGUGUUGACAAUCACUGGCAACCACCCAGGGGGAGUGGGUGGUACAGUCAUGUGCAAACUGUUGACAGCUGGGAUCUUCGCGUGGGUUGGAGGAUUUUCCUCCAUGGUCACUCUGGUUGUAAUCGCCUUUGAGCGAUAUUAUGCAGUGAUUUAUCCUUAUGAAAACAAGAGACUUACCAAGAAGAAACUGAAGAUGAUUAUUCCUGGUUCUUGGAUCUUUUCACUGAUAUUCAACCUGCCAUUAUUCUUGAUCGUCGAAGUAAAGGACGGCUACUGUAAGAAUGCCUGGGUGUACGGCCAAGACUGGAUGCCCAAAGCUUAUGAUUUGCUGUGGUCAAGCCUGGUAGCUGUGGCUGUGGCAAUGAUGGCUGGGCUAUAUACCAGAAUCGUUUACACUUUGUGGCUCAAACGUGUUGAAGACGAUCAGCCCGCCUUCCAGCAGAGGGGUGUAAUCAGAGUGCGGAAGCGAGUUACCUUGAUGGCGGCAACUGUCACUGUCAUGUUUGGAGUCUGUUGGGUGUCCGACAUAAUUGCACACAGCGUAGAUUACUACACAUCUCUCAGCACAAGUAAAGACACAUACUCCGUUAUCCACACGCUGAUCCUGCUCAAUACUGCUGUCAACCCAUUUGUGUACGCUCUGAUAAACAAGACAUUCCGAGAGAAGCUAAAAGGAAUGUUAUACUUUAGGUGUGCCUCCUCCACGGGAUCUUUCAGUCCACCUGCAAUAGUGCGUCACAACUUAGAGUUUGCUAACAACGGGUAUCGAGAAUCCUCAGUGGGACCAUCAUCUAGCGAGUGAACAAAAAGGACUGAGUUUCAUUUCUCUUGAACGACAUAAAACAUUUUCUACUGCACUGUUUCAAGGAAAAUGUUACAGUUAUAGUAACCCUGUUCUGACCGCAGGGGAGAAAAAAUGUUAAGGUGGAUAAUGUGAAAUUUUUAAAACACUUAUUUUAUCAAAUUUUGUUCCUUUUUCCAAAACUUAAUUACCAACAUUUUGAGCAAAUUGUUCGCUUUCACCAACUUAAUUAUUUCCAUGGCAACUCUUGGAACAUAACUACAUGUAAUUUGUCGUAACCGAUAUUUAUUCUAGGUUUUAUAUAACACAAAUAGGUAUAACUGUUAGUUAAGUAAGAUUACUUAAUUAUUGAAGGCUGCUUAGAGGAGGCUCGAAAAUUUACAAUUUAAUAAUCCCAGAUGGUUGAUUGAAUUUGUGACAAGAUUUUUUCUCCCUGUAAAAUGCAUUAUUUCAUUAUUUUAUUA